AUGUAAAAAUUAAUACUUUCAACUUUAUUGUUGUGUAUUUUAGUAUUGCUAGAUUACACAUACGGAAAGGCAACCUUUGAUUUAAGUGAUUCAAUCACUGAAUAUAUGUAAUAGUAAUUUGAUUAUGGGGAUGAAAAUGGAUUAGUAGAGAGUUUCCUGCUUAUUUUUUAUGUAUUUGGAGGUCGAUAAUUUAUGGGGUUGUUAUUUGUAAUUCUUUGGUUGAAAUCAGGAUUGAAAGAGCAAGUUUUAAAAUUAAUUACAAUUUAUUCGAUUACUGCUUUUCUUGGACAUUUCAUCAAACUGAUCUUAAUUUAACCUAGACCCUUUUAUGAAGAAUCUGAUGUUCGAUUGGAUUUCUGUUAAAAGGGUUAUGGAGACCCUAGCGAUAAUGCUUUAAGGUCUAUCGUGUUUUAUGUAAUUGUAUCAGAAACUUUAUUAUUUAAAAAAUAUAAAGUCUAGGCCAACGAUUUAGGUGUUCUUAGUUCAAUUAAUUAAGAUAGAAAACUUCAAUAUCAAUACAAACAAUUGUCAAAUCGCGAUCUUUACACAUAACUCUAUCCAAAUUCAAUGUUUAGUUAUAAUCAAUACAAAUUCAUGUUGGCUUUCUUUUUAUUUAUUACAGGUAUAUCCAACUCAUAUUUUGGCUUGAAUUAUCUGAGUUAGGUAAUAAUGGGAUGGGUUGUAGGUGGAUAUAUACUUUAUGUUUAUUAUUAUUGCGAAUUCGAAAAACAAAUAGAGAGAUUAUUUUAAUAAGCAAUCUAUAAUUAAUAGGAUUAACUUAAUAACAAACUUCGUCAUAUAGGAAAAUUGGCUCUUUGCUUAACAUUUCCAUUAUUAAUUUCACUUCUACUUUAUAUUCUUAGGACCAAUGAUGAUGAGUUGAUUUAGUUAUAAUAAGAAUGGGGUCAAUUCUUUAAGGGCAACUCUAAAUGUGUAAAUCAAUUCUAUCGUUUCAAUAUGUCUUUUGAAAAACAGGAAAUGGUUGGGACUUGUGCACUCUUUUUACCCUUCUAUCUUUACUUAUGCUGCUAUUUCACUCCAGGCUAAUAUAAACCAGAAUAAUACGAUCACUAAACUUUUACACUAAAAGGUUUCGUUAGGGUUUUGAUACUUAUUGGCUUACUGAUAUCACAAUUGGCUAUUCAUAUUCUGAUUAGAUAAGUAGUAAUGAGCAAUGAUUUGGACAUUAAUAUUAUAUAUCUAAUAAUUGGAUAACUAUUUUUAGAAUUAUAUUUCUCCUUGUUUUUGAUCACACUAUUGCCUUUGCUGUAUAAAUUAUGUAAAGUUGAUAUAGAUGGAGACUUUUUAAGAAAAAUCAACUAAAUAGAAAUGUAAGAAAUGGAGUUGUGAUUUUAAUUUAUCAAAUAUUUAUAUCAAUCCAACAAAAA